UGUGGCAAGUGGCGCCCUGUGAACAGAGACCCUGGACUGUGGGGAACUUGCAUCGGUCGGAUGAGGGAACGCCCCCCAGAGAAGUUCGCAAAUAAAGGUGUGAAGAGGCUGAGACUGGAGCCCACAGAGAAACCGAAAGUGUGGCCCUUGAAGCCAAUCGAGCGGUCUCCAAGGAGGAGGCCUCCUGCACAGACUUCAAGGAGGGCGACACCACCAACGUGGGGUCAAAUAAAAAGGCUGAUGCAAAUGUCGGAGGAGGGAGCACGAGGCCUGGGGUUGGGAAAUAACCCUGCAGCUAUAUUUCUGAUGUGUCUGGUAAUCAUAUCCAUUCAGUCUGGUGUUGAGCAUUUCAGCGAACCACCUCUGGACUAAGCACGGAGAGUCUUCGUGAACAUCUCAGAAAUAAGAAAGGGGGAGAUGUGGGGAGCAGAGGAAGGCCUAAGUGAAUUGUGUGUUGUUUGACAUGAGCAUGGCCAUGUCAAGGACCCCAGUGCCUCAGAUCCAUGGACAUGGCAAAGCCUUUUCCGGGUCAGGCUCAGGGCCAAAGCCUUCCCCUGGUCCAAGCACGAAUGUUGACAGUGUGUACAGAAAGCAUCAACUGCAGCUUCCUCCUCCCAACUGCAGCUUCUUCCUCCUACCUACAACUUCCUCCUCCUACCUACAGUUUCUUCUUCCUGGAUGUUUACAGCUGAGACUGUUCCCUUACAGAGACCGCCCAAGACUAAC